GCUUACUCCCUCGAAUCGUUGCCCAUAAUGUGCGACUGGGAGGAAUUCCUCUUCACCUGCAACCACUCCCAGGUCCGGCUCAAGUCCUACUGCCACUUUGCGCGCAACGAUCCCAACCAUGGGUGCCUAGGAGUCAAGGUGCUCCGCAGCUCAUGGCGACAGGCAGUUCCGUGUGAUGAGUGCCUUGUCAAGGGCUCUCCCGUGGGCGUAUCGCAUCGGGGUGUUCAAUGAUGAGUGAACGAUAUUGCGCCGUGGAUUCGGAUAACAGGGAUCGGGACGGGCGACUGAGACCGCAAGCUNGGGGGGG